GACGUCGUUUCCAAUGCAAAACGGCGCGGCGUGUGUUCAGUCGUCCUGGCGGACUAAUGCGGCUCACCAGAAAUUAGUCUUAAAUACAGACCAGGAAGGGAAAAAGUAGUGCAAUACACCGACUGGAAAAGAAACAGCUUCUGUGCUUCAUAAUGAGCGACGACACAGACUCCCCUCCCGAGAGGGAAAUGAAGGAUUUUCAAUUUCGUCAGAUGAAGAAAGCAAGAGUUUUUGCGCCAGCUGAGGAUUUGCCAAAAGAAAGAUCAAGUCUGCUUACCAUCUCAAACAAAUUUGGUUUAACAUUUGUUGGACUUGACAGAACAUUCAAAGUUUACCUCACCAAAGACAUUCUCAGUGCUGAUAAAGUUGAUGGCAGCUCCAAUGACAUAGUUGAGGGAAUAGCAGCAAUGGCGGAGGUAACUGUGGAAUUGGCUCUGCACCACUUGGCUCUCAGUUGUGAUGAGCUUACUUUGUCAGUAUGUGGCAUGUCUGAGGAGGUGGGCUUGUCCCUCACAUUCUAUGAUGUCCGCACCUUGAUGAACAAGGCAAGAUCCCAGAAGUUACCUUUUGCGUCACUGCUGCCAGCAGUACCCAGUGGUACUUUAGUUCAGGACCUGAAGUGGAAUCCUGCUCAGGCAUCCAUGUUGGCUGCUUGUAUGUCUGAUGGCAGUAUGCAGAUCUUGGAUGUUGUCGAGAGUGUCAGAGUUCUGACUGAGCUACCUGCCUCAAAUGGCAUCACAUGCAUUUGCUGGAGUCCAAAAGGAAAACAAGUUGCUGCAGGAAAAAUGAAUGGCACAGUCAGUCAGUAUACACCAGCUUUAGAAGAAAAGAAAGUUAUCCCAUCUCCCCACUUCUACACCUCCGAUGAACCUGUCAAAAUUCUGGAUGUGCUGUGGCUGAGAACUUAUGUGUUUGCAGUGGUAUAUGCUGCUGCAGAUGGGUCCCUGGAGACACCUCCUGAGCUAGUGCUGAUCUCCCUCCCAAAGAAAGAUGAGAAGACAGACACAAAGUAUCUGAACUUUAGUGAAACGGUGUACGGCAGCUGCACUGAGCGACAACAUCACUACUUCCUUAGUCACGUAGAGGACUGGGACCUCGUGUUUGCGGCAUCGGCAGCUUCUAUUGAAGUCAGCGUUAUAGCCAGACAAGACGACAAGAUCUGGGAGCUUUGGAUCCUGGAAGAUGCGAGUAGGGCUGAGCUUCCAGUGACUGAGACAAAUGAAGACACUCUCCCCCUCGGCUUAGCAAUAGACUACACCAACCAACAGGAGAUCAACAUCACUGAUGAGAAGACCUUGCCCCCGGCACCCACUAUGUUAAUGCUAUCCACGGAAGGACUACUCUGCCCAUUUGCUCUGCUCAACCUUAAUCCUGGGGUUAAGCAGCUGGUCUCAGCUCCCACGGCCCUCACCUUAGAGGGGGAGAGACUGCCAAAACCAGGUUCUGUGGCUGCCCAACCACCCAAAAGUGCUCUCUCUGUCCCAUCUGCUCCCACAACAUUCCCAAGUCUUGGUCUUACUUCAGCAGCUGCUUCUACUCCUCCAGCUCUUGCUGCCCCUUCCUCCACUGCCCCAUUCAGCAUUGUGCCCGAAGCUCCUGUGUCGUCGUCAUCAUUUAUCUUCUCGGUCCCAAGCACGUGCUCCACUUCUUUCUCUUCAGCCUUCUCCUUGGGGGGAUCCGCACCUUUUGGCUCCGGAUCUUCAGUCUUUUCUUUUGCCUCCAAACCCCCCUCAGACACUCCCUCGGUGCCUUCAGCAUUUUCUUUCACCCCUUCCAUCAAACCAUCUACGGCUCCGGCUCCGGCUCCAGCUCCAGCUCCUGCUCCAGCUCCAGCUCCAGCUCCAGCUCCAGCUCCUGCUCCUGCUCCUGCUCCUGCUCCAGGUCCAACACUGCAGAGCCUUGCAGCUCCCUCCCCACCAACAGUGAAACUGAAUCUAAAUGAGAGGUUUUCAGGAUUAGAGACCCCAGCACCGCAGCCUUUCUCUUUCAGUUCUUCGUUGCCCAAAACUGUUGUUUCCAAUUCCAGCAGUUUGGCUGCCCCUCCACUUUCAGCCUCCAAACCAUCUGCUGUUUUAGCCCCUGUGCGUCCGGUUCAAACCACCACGCCACCCACAGUCGUCCAGAAACCUGCUCCUGCCACACAGGGUCCUGUUCAAACUCCACAGGCAGCUGUAAGUGUGAAGGCCCUGGAGAAGCAACUACAGCAAAAGAAAGACUCUGAUCCCAUUAUGGCUGGUAUACUGGAGGAGAUUGCACACUUCCAGAAGGAGUUGGAUGAUCUUAAGGCACGAAGCGCAAGAGCUGACUUUAAGGUUGGCACCCGUGAGGAGAUGAGAGAGUUGAGGAAGGAGUCAGAGGACCUCCAUAUUUUCACCUUGGAGAUCAAGGAAACUACAGAGUCUCUCCAUGGGGACAUUGGUACACUGAAGACCACCUUAAUGGAAGGCUUUGCUGGGGCAGAAGAAGCCAAGACCCAACGUGAACUGAGCCGAGACAGAAACUACAGACAGCUUCUGUACAAAAAGCCUCUGGACCCACGCAGUGAGGAACAGCUCAAGGAAAUUCGUAGGCUGUACCAGUAUGUUAUGUUUGCCGUGGAAGAUGUCAAUGACGUGUUGGAUGUGGAAUGGGAGAAACACCUGGAGAAGAAGAAAAAGCAGAAACAUAUGGUCGUGCCAGGGCGUGAGAACCUGUUCACUACACUGGCCAACAACCUGUACAUCAUCAACCAGCAGAAGAACCGACUGGACCAGCUGGUUAAGGAACUCACGUCACUGCACCUCUACAACAAAACUGCCACUUCAGCUGUAAACCGCAGUACUGCUACAGCAACAACGGCUGGUAUGGAAAGUGAACUUGAGAACUUAAGGGACGCACUUUUGAAAACCAAGCUGGACAGUGCCCCUCCUAAAACAAAAUCCAAAUCUCCAGCAGCCAAGAUAUCGCCAGUGAAACAGUCCCAGUUGCGUAACUUUCUCUCAAAAGGGCAGAUGCCUCCUGUCCGCUCUACUGCACCAGCCAACCUGUCUCGCUCAGCCUUUCUUUCACCUAAAUAUUAUGAGGACUUGGAUGAUGUGAGCUCCACGUCCUCACUGUCCCAGUCCCUGGAGCCUCGUCCAGCUCACUUGGUGCUGGAAGAGGAGGACCUGCAACCAGAACCCCUUCCCACAGCUCUCAUUCCUCCAGCACUGUCCACCCCUCGCCACCCCACAGUUGUGAGGACCCCCUCUAUCCAGCCAGGUUUUGGGGCCAUCCAGUCAACCCCUUUAACUAAAAUUCACUCAGCCCAGGGUAUGGGCUUUGGACUCAGCCCUAUUGCCAGCCCUGUUCCAACCAAUAAGAUCAACCUCAGCGGAGCAGACAGCACUGCUCUUGCCACAAAGACCGUAAAACAUGGGGCCCCACCAACUGAGAAGAGCAUCCCUGUCACCAUUCCUGCCCAGCAGGCUGCUGCCACUGCUGCUCUACGCAGGCAGAUGGCCAAUCAGAAAACAGCUGUUGUCAGUGCAUCCUUGACGGAGUCCACAUUAAAGACUGUGCCACAGGUAGUCAAUGUCCAGGAGCUCAAGGACAAAGGGCCUCCAGUUGCAGUUUCCGGUAUCGUGAGCUCAUCAGUACCAGAUCCAGCAGCUCAGGUAUUUGCGACAGUGUCUUCAAACCAGGCCAAACGAAAUCCUCCCCAAGGUGUUCAGAAGAUGACUGAAAGUACAACCACCCCACAGGGAAGCUUUGUGUUUGGUCAGUUGUCCAAACCAGAUGUUUCUGUGGCCCCUGCGAGCUCAGCUGAGCAAAGCACCAGCAAAGGGUUCACCUUUACAUCAGGGUCUGCAGGCUUCAGUUUUGCUUCAGUUACGCAGGGACCUGGAAUGUCUCAAGUGAAAGAUACGAAUAAAUUCUCCUUUGGUGGAAAUGGCAAGGCGAUAUUUGGGCAAACUGCAGAGGAGUCGGUCUCCCCUGCUCUUGGCACUGGCUCUCCCACCCUGCCUCUGAAUACAUCAGGAGACAAACCCACCUCCUCUACAACUGUGCUUAGGUCAGAGCCACAGCCGCCGAGGACAGCUGGGGGAGAAACUCUGGGCAGCUUCUCUGGACUACGUGUGGGCCCGGGAGAAGAAGCUAAAGAUUCAUCCAUUAAGUCUGCUGCUGCUGCUUCAUUUGCCUUUGGGGAAACCGGACUUGGUUUGGGCAAGGGAGCAUCACAGUUUAGCUUUGCUGCAAUUCUCCAAAAGUCUGCAGAAGAUUCUGCUGGAGCAGACUUGUCCAAGUGUGCAGUGUCAGGCAGCUUGUUCAAGCCUCCUGAAUCAAACCCCAAACUGGCCUUCUCUGCUCCCCAGUCUAGCUCAGCUGCCUCAGCUUUACCCAUAUCUUUCAGUAGUCUUCUUGCAGCUUCUUCAGAUUCUUCAGAGGAAUCAAAAGUUGCUCCACAAUCAUCUGAACACACACCACCCCCUGAAAAAGAACCUGAUGCUGAACCAGCUGUAGAGAGGGUCAGUCCCCAAGGAGUAUUUGAACCCCCAGUAGAUGCUGCCAGCGCAGAAAUCCCAGCAGCCACAGUUGCAGCACCAACACCGGCUCCUCCUUUGGCCGCACCUGCAUCUACUCCAGACCCUUCAUCCUCCAUCACUGCACCAAAUGAAGCAACCGCUCCUGUACCAACCAGUGUGGCUCCCGCAACAGAAUCCACUCAAGACACCAUCACCACCACUGCUCCUGUGCCCACUUCAGCUACUGCCACUCCUGCUGCUGCACCUCUCUCCCAGGUAGCUCCAGCAGUAUUCCAGGUGUCCAGUUCUGACAAACCAGGUUCCAUUUUUACUCAGCCUGCCCCUGCAACAACAGACAGCAGUUCCCUUGGAGUUACACCAGUUAUCAGCACAGUUGCCCCUGCGGUCACCACCACAACCCCUACUGUUGUUAACAGUACAGCAGCUACUGCUGCUAGCACUGUGUUUGGGCAGUCUGCUGCACCUCCAGCAUCCACAGCUCCUUCAGCCUCCUCCGGCCCUGCAGCCCCAGUAUCGACAGCAUUUGGCUCAAGUGGGUUUGGUGCAUCAACAGGAUCUGGUUUUGGCAAGCCUGUAUUUGGCCAGACAAGUGGCUUUGGCCAGCCUGCCAAUAACACUGGGACAGCCAGUGGCUUUUCUUUUGGCCAAUCAGCAUUUGGAGCAAGCUCUAACAGUGCAACUACUGGAGGGUCUCUUUUUGGUGCUUCCACUGGUAGCAAUGCAAUUUCCUUCUCCUUCGGCACAAGCAGUGCCAACACUGCUAGCAGCACAAGCUCAGGGCUGUUUGGACAAAACACAGCACCAGCAUUUGGCCAGAGCUCUGGAUUUGGACAAGGGUCUGUGUUUGGGAGUAACACCACCACAUCCUCAUCUUCAGGAUUCAGCUUUGGACAGCCCACAGGUGAGCCUUUUGGCUGCUCUUCUGCCACGCCCGUGUUUGGCCAACAGUCAAGCAGUGGGAGCUUAUUUGGACAGCAACAGCAGCCAUCAUCUGGUGGGAGUCUGUUUGGUUCGAGUUCAGCCAAUACAGCAGGCUCAGCUGCCGGAGGAUUCUUCAGUGGCCUGGGAGGUAAACCGAGCGAAGACGCUGCCAAUAAGAACCCAUUCGGCACUGCUGCCCCUACCGGAGGGUUUGGGCAGCCUGCUCCGUCAGGAACGAACAGUCUGUUUGGGAAUAGUGGUGCCAAGACCUUUGGUUUUGGACAGUCCUCCUUUGGUGAACAGAAACCUAGUGGGACCUUCAGCACUGGUGCAGGGAGUGUUGCCUCCCAGGGAUUCGGCUCCUUCUCUACUCCGACAAAGCCAGGUGGUUUUGGCAGUGCUCCAGUGUUUGGGAGUCCCCCUUCCUUUGGUAGUUCCCCAGCAUUUGGUGGUGGAGCAACGUUCGGCUCAAGUGCUUCCUUCAGCAACACCAUGGGUUCCUCAACUAGUAAAGUGUUCGGAGAGGGCACAGCGGCUUCCAGCAUGGGCGGAUUUGGGUUUGCCUCACCUCCCAGCGCCCCGUCUUUUGGUGCCCUAGCCAAUCAGAACACGCCUUCAUUCGGUAGCCUGGCCCAGCAAGGUUCUGGGUUUGGAAGUCAGCCCAGUAGCUUCUCAGGCUUUGGACAACAGCCACAGACAGGAGGAUUCUCUGGAAGCACCUUUGGCUCUGCAAACCCAUGGUGAAGAUCAGAUCAGCUUUGUAGCAGUGGAAGUGAAGAAACAGAGUGCCAAUGCAAUUAUUUAACCAAUUACAGCAUGCUUAAGCCUCAUCACCUGCAUGUGUAUGUGAAAACCCUGCUGUCCUCACAACAAUAUGGGAGUAAGUUUUGUGUAAUUUCAAGAAAUGUGUUAGCCAUAAAUACUGUUAACGAACUUUCCCAACAUGUAUGUUUUCAUUUCUUCUUUUUAGUUUCAUUUCUGCCACAGUUCCUGUUUUAGCACUUUUACAUAUUUAGUGCAGCACAAGAAGCUUUGUUUAUAACACGCAUACUCGUCAAACCUACAAAACUGUGCCUCACUACAAGCCAGUCACUAAAAGACUGAGACAACGAACAGGAGGAGAGGCAAACACGUGUCCACAAUCCCAAAAAUAUCAUCCAGAGCCAGUAGAGAAAUCCUCCUCAUUACUAUCAUUACUGUUUUGUCCAAUCACAGCACGCUGAAGAUUCAUGGCCAUCAGAGAAGCUACUUAGCAUUAAAAUCUCAGCAGUGAGGGACUCGUCAUGACUUGUAUCCUAAGAGUGACUUUAAAAAUGAAAAUCAAGAAAGUGUGGCCUCGCCGUGGUCCUUUCAUGACUUUACUAUCAGAAUAUGACGAUAUAUAAGUAAAUGUUUUGAGUGCAUGAGCUACAGGGAUACAAAAAAGGAGGGGAUUUGCUCUUGCACUGCUGCAGAGGUAGAUGAGUGAAAUCCAACACCCCUAUAUAUGAUGCUAUAUGUGUGUAUACAUACACGUGUGCAUCAGCUACAUCCAUUUUGGUUAGAUCCAGCUAGCGAGCACUGUUCUUUGUCAUUUUGGUUUUUCUGUAUUUGCAGUAGGCUGAUGUGAUGUUUGAGAACAUGUUGACUGUAAUUUGGGUACCGAUAAUUUCUUCAGAACUAUGUUAGCUGUCUCACUUUGCCUGAAAGCACAUAUGUGAAAGUGCAGAUUGCCUUUGCCUCUGUCAUAGCUGGCAUUUAGCCUAAUAUGCCACACUAUUGUGCCAGUAUUUUUAAAUAUCAGAAUAAAAGUCCUUUUAAA